AUGGCGGAAUGGACCACGGUGCCGGCUCCAUGGCCUUCGCACCACUCAGAGAUCAGACGUCUCGCUCCAUCAUGGCGACCAGGGCCCACUGCUGCCAAUGUCAGGGCCCGUUUCGACGGACCAGGGUUCCGCAAGGAACUGGAGUCAUGCGCCUGCAAACCACUCCGUCUUGGCUUGACCUGCUCUAGCUCUCCAGUUUUCGUGCUCAGUUCUGGGAGCCGGCAGUACGUCUCGUUGUGGAUUUGGUUCUUGAAGGAAAAUAGACGACUCGCCAAGGGCAGACUACGACUAAAGAUGGCUUUGUCUUCUAUCAUGGCGGUGUCCCACCGCUAUCAUGAAGCCGACAUCGGAACUUUGCGACUGCUCCCGAGCGAGAUCGAGCAUCAAUACCUCACUCAAGUAUUGCGGUACAUGGACGCCAAGUCGCCAAAUCCAGUAGUAAAGGAUCCCUGGGUCAUCGACCUCCACAGCAAGCUCGAGUUCAACUUCGACGAAGGCACACAUGUCGACGACGCUUGGGUCGAGUGGCUGGCGCAUCGAGUCAGACUCUUUGACGAAUGGACACAGCGAUACAUCGACGAGCACGCCCAAAAGAAUGAGCCCAUCACCGUCCUGCGCCUGUGUCCGGGGUUGGACUCGAGGGACCUCCGGCUGAGCUACAGCAGAUCUGUCCGAUGGAUCGAUAUGGACUGCCCUCAAGUCAUUGAUCUCCGUCGCUCUUUACUGCCUCCUCCCAUUGGCGCGGACUACCACCAGAUCAAGGCCGAGAUCCUCACAAAGGAAUGGCUGGACAGGAUCCCGAAAGAUCGGCCCACGCUCAUCCUGGCCGAGCACGUUUUCUCUUGCUUGCCGCAGGCACCUGCUCAGGACCUCAUCCGCCGCCUUGCGGACCACUUCCCCAGUGGGCAUUUAUACAUGCUAGUUACGGGGGCUCUGGUGCCCAAGGUAAUGAACAUCAUGCCCAUUACGAAAGGCAUAAAGAUCAGGAUCCAAUGGGGAAUCGACAGUCCCAAGCAGAUCACUUCGCUGAAUCCCCGGUUACGCACGCUCGAGGCCGUGACGGACCGGGACUUGAACAACGCCGGGUUCAUUGGGGGUAAGAAGCCGCCGUGGUUUGGAAGCCUCACAGCCAUCACCUCGAUUGUCCCAGGCGGUCAGACUAUGCAGGGAUAUAUGCGGUUCGCCUUCGACGAUUAUUCCCAAUCCAUUCGGAGUUCAAAGACCACUUCGACUCGUUCGAUGCGAUCGAGCUUCUCGAGGUCCUUUCGCACAGCAAACGGCAGCUCGUCAAGAUCUGUCUUGUCGCAUAGCACUACGUCUAGCAGUACCAUAAGCUAAAGUGCUUGCGGUGUGCUCGCGGUCUCACCGCCCACGACCAAUAAUCCUGUGCCAGCUGGGAAAUAUACAAAACGGAGCAGCUUUUCACUAGCACCAGACUAGCCCGCGAAGCCAGUGAGGUUUUGCUCCAGGCUCGCUCAUUUGCUAGCAAUCAGCAUUCGCGCAUCUCAUCAUCUGUAUUUAGUAGCAUAGCGACAGCGUAGGGGGUAUCAUUUGUUUUUUUUGUUUUUUUGUCUCUUGUUUGGAAUGG